UAGCCGCUCAGCAACAAAACUUAUUGGUGCCUUCUAGACAUUACAAAGGUUCCAUAUUAAAUAUUUCAUCUGCUGCCUAAAGGAGAGUAUAUACAACUACUGUGUUUCACCUCAGCCAAUCGGAACAUACAUUAAUGUCACGUGCCCGUUACUAGCUUUCAUGGCACCGGAGAUUUCCGCUGUUACACAAAUAUCCAAUGAGCGUCUGACACAUUUAAAAGACGAAAAACCUACAGUUGCUAUGGUAACGGCGUCCCGAAUGCCCGUUUCCGGCGGAAGAAAGGAUAUGGUGUGGACAGAGGGAGGAAGAGAGAAGAAAUUAGAAAAAUCCAUCGAUUAACACGUGACCUCGGGGACUGGCAUGUGAAGUGAAAAUGAGGUCACACAGCAAACUGGGAAGGUGGAGAACAGGAUUAAGUAAGAAGGCAGCUUUCUCAUGCUGACUUCCUGAGAAACAGAGCAGGAAGGAGAGGGGUAGUCAGAGACAUUUGUGAAGGAAACACUGAUUACAGAGGCAGUAGAAAAGCACAUUUGUGGAAAAGGAGAGCGACAAAAAAAAACGUGCCAGAGAAGAAACAUAGUUUUAAGUGUGCUAGCUGAGAGAGUGGAAAAAGAAGACUAGGAGUCACUUGGAGAGCAACAGGUGGAUGGAUGUAAAGUUUAUUCCAGAAGACAAUAAAUUUAUCUGUUAAUCCUGCUUAAUGGCUGUGGUGGUCUCUUCAUUUGGCCUUCUAAUCUUUAUUUGAAGAAACAAGAACCUUGGCCUGUUUCUCUUUUGUCUUCAGAAGUGCAAUACCUAAAACUCUAAAUCUCAAAUCACUUUCCAUACUGGAUCUGGGACCCCCCAGGGGAAUGCCGCGCAAGGUCAGCGUGGCGGCCUGGGGGGCAGCCCUCUUUAUCUCAUGGAAUGCAAUUCUACUCCUCUACCUCAUGAGCAGGUCCCGUGGUACUGAUCAUUCCGAUCUUACUGCGCAUGUUAUCCAGUUGGCUGAAGCAGCAGAGGCUGAGCUUGAAAAACAGAAGGGAUUACUUCAACAAAUACACUACUACAGUGGCCUACUUAACAACCAGCAGUCUCCUUCACAUGUAAGGCCAGCACCUGUAAUACCCAUUAAGAAGUCUAAUAUGUCAUCCACUUCAUCUCCUGUGAGAUCAGAUCCUCUCUCUUUGGUCAUUCCAAUCCUAGUGGUGGCAUGUGACCGUCCCUCAGUGAGGAGAUGCCUGGAUUCAUUGUUAAAAUACCGACCCUCAGCGGAAAAAUUCCCCAUAAUAGUGAGCCAAGACUGUGGUCAUGAGGAGACUGGGAAGGUCAUUGACUCCUAUGGAGAUGCUGUAACUCAUAUCAAGCAGCCUGAUCUCUCAGAGGUGGCUGUCCCACCAGAACACCGGAAGUUUCAAGGUUAUUAUAAAAUUUCCCGUCAUUACAGAUGGGCACUCAACCAGAUCUUCAAGACCAUGGGCUACAAAGCAGCCAUUGUGGUUGAAGAUGAUCUUGAGGUGGCUCCAGAUUUUUAUGAGUAUUUUCAGGCAACUCUAACUCUUCUACAAAAGGACCAUAUGUUAUGGUGUGUCUCAGCCUGGAAUGACAAUGGCAAGGAGGCGUUGAUUGAUCCUGGGGGAAAUUCUCUUCUUUACCGUUCAGACUUCUUUCCUGGACUUGGCUGGUUGCUACUUCGGGAGCUGUGGGAGGAGCUAGAACCUAAAUGGCCCUCAGCAUUCUGGGAUGACUGGGUUAGGCGCCCUGAACAAAGGCUGGAGAGGGCUUGUGUAAGACCAGAGCUGUCUCGCACACGGACCUUUGGGAGAAAAGGUGUGAGCCAAGGACAGUUUUUUGAUCAGCAUCUACGAUUCAUCAAACUUAAUCAGGACCCAGUGGCCUUCUCUAAGAUGGACCUCUCCUACCUUUUAAAAGAUAAUUAUGACCCCAUGUUCCUUGAGCAGGUUUAUGGGGCACCCAAAGCACGGGCAGAAGAGGUGCUACAUGGGCAAGUGCCCGGGGGCAGGACGGUAAGAGUGGAGUACACUACUAAAGACACUUUUAAAGCUAUGGCCAGGGCCUUUGGUGUGAUGGAGGACCUAAAGUCUGGGGUGGCUCGAGCAGCCUACAAAGGAGUAGUGUCCUUCACUCACAGAGGAAGAAGGGUGUUCUUGGCACCGCCCAAAGACUGGACAGGUUAUGACCCAUCGUGGUCCUAAAUGGAUCUCUUUCUUCCAAAGGGAGGGUAGGAGACUUUUUUUAACAAGCAAAGUGAGGGUAAUUGUGUGGGGAAGAAAUAAGAAGGCUUAUGGAUUUUAUACAAGAAAUAAAUUCAAACUGUUCCAUUGCUGCCUGAUGGUGCUGUAUUAAGUAUAGUCUAAAAAAGAGAGACAAGUACUCUAAAUGCUAAAGGAAUAGAGCUUUUCUUUAUAAGAGACCAUAGGACACCAAAAUAUGUGCUAGCAGCAUUGAAUGAUUUCAGCCAAACAUUGAAUUCCUGUUUGCAGGGCUUUGCAUCAGAAGGCUCUUCCUCAUUUUAAUGGCAUUGCCUCAAUAAAGUGACCUUUAUCGCCA